AAAUUCUAAAAUGCAAGAAACAAAGCCAACAGUGCGUGUUUGUUCAAUCAUGCAUUGUCAUUGCGUUUGCUUUGGAAGGGGAAUCUGAUUGAGAUCCUUUGUUAAUUGCGAUGAUUGUACGUAACUACUAACGAGCUUCCCUUCGAUUAUUUCUUGACCACAUAUAAUUUGAUUAUAAAUUUCAGCAUCGAGCUUGAAUCUAUAGAUAAAGGAUCCUUUAAGAGUCAUAUCAUAUCAUGCUUGCUUAACGUUUCGAUGAAGAACGAUAAGGAAUCCAGAUCAAAAUGCAGCAAGCCUGUAAAGAAACCACGACGGGUGACAAUGGAUGAUGUUCUUUUGGCAUCCCAGGAGACCAAGGAAGAGAGGGAGCAAAGGAUCCGUAAUCUAUUCAGUUUCUUUGAUGAGGAAGAUUCUGGAAUUAUAGAUUAUGCCCAGAUUGAAGCAGGCCUCUCUGCGCUCCAUAUACCACCAGAAUACAAGCAUGCCAAGGAUUUCUUAAAAGCUUGUGAUGCUGACAAAGACGGGCGGGUCAAUUAUAAGGACUUCAAGAAGUAUGUGGAUGACAAGGAGAUGGAGCUUUACCGCAUAUUUCAAGCCAUUGAUGUUGAACACAACGGAUGCAUUAUGCCAGAAGAGCUCUGUGAGGCAGUGGUAAGGGCAGGGAUUCAGAUUGGUGAGGAGGAACUUGCCAUUUUUAUGGAGCAUGGGGUUAUAACAUUUGAAAAAUGGAGGGAUUUUCUUCUGCUAUACCCAAGAGAGGCAACUAUAGAAAACAUUUACCGUUAUUUAGAGCGUGUAUGCCUUAUUGACAUUGGGGAACAAAGUGUUAGUCCUACAGGUAUCAGUGGAAACAUUCACGCAGGUAAAUAUUUGCUUGCCGGAGGAUUGGCAGGGGCAGCAUCGCGCACUGCUACUGCACCACUUGAUCGUCUAAAGACCAUUCUGCAAAUCCAAACCACGCGGACUCAUAUAAUGCCUGCACUUAAAAAUAUAUGGAAAGAAGGCGGUUUCUUGGGGUUUUUUCGAGGCAAUGGCUUGAAUGUCCUCAAGGUGGCUCCUGAGAGUGCCAUAAGGUUUUACACUUACGAGACACUCAUCAAGACUUGGAUUGUCAAUUCUAAAGGAGAUCAAGAGGGAGGCUCUGGUAUUGGGACUGUGGGCCACGUACUAGCUGGUGGUUUGGCUGGUGGAAUAGCACAAACUACAAUAUAUCCAAUGGACCUUAUUAAAACACGAGUACAAACCUAUGCUUUUAGUCAAGGUGGCAGAAUCCCUCGUCUUGGAAACCUCUCUAAAGAUAUAUGGGUUCACGAAGGACCUCGUGCAUUCUAUAGGGGCCUGGUUCCUUCUCUUCUUGGGAUUAUCCCUUAUGCUGGCAUAGAUAUAGCUGCAUACGAGGCUCUGAAAGACAUGUCCAAGAAGUAUAUUCUUCAUGAUGGAGGUGAACCUGGUCCUCUUGUACAACUGUGUUGUGGGACAGUUUCAGGAGCCCUUGGAGCAACAUGCGUAUACCCGUUGCAGGUCGUUAGAACCAGAAUGCAGGCUCAACGCUCCAAUGCUAGUGCUGCUUAUAAUGGAAUGAAUGAAGUGUUCAGGAGGACUUUUGAGCAUGAAGGGUUUAGAGGAUUCUACAAAGGGAUAUUUCCCAACCUCCUCAAAGUGAUUCCAUCGGCAAGUAUCACUUAUGUGCUUUAUGAAGCUAUGAAAAGGGGUUUGAAAUUGGAGUGAGAAUCUUUCUGCUUCAUUUUUAUCUGAUCUGUUCGAUCAACUUGGCUUGCCCGAAUUUGUCGAUGUUGGUUCAGCAAUGGCAACUGUGAAGUCAACAGCAGCAAGGACAAAAUUGAUAUGUCUUGCAUGGUGCUCGUUCAUAAUGUGUUGGAGAAAACACAGGAAUCCGAUUUUGUAAUGGUUAGUAGUUCCAUGAGUUAUUAUAUUUGUUAUUAGUCGCAAAAAAGCUAUAUCUGUUAAAUUUAAUAAUGUUAACAUGACUAAUGUUCUUUAA